AUGUUGGGGGGUGGCGGGGGGGGGGGGAGGGGGGGGGGGGGGGGGGGGGGGGGGGGGGGGGGGGGGGGGGGGGGAGGGGUGUGGGGGGGGGGGGGGGGGGGGGGGAGUUUUGUUUGGGCCCAUACAGCGCCUGCCGAGCUCCCUCCCCAAACACCCCGCCAGGCUGGGGCCCCAGACAGCCCCCGCCCCGCCGGACCCACAAACCGGCCACCCGGAAAACCCCUCGCCCCCGCCCCCGAACGACGACCGCGCACAGCACAUCACACCAGCAGCAAAGAACGUCCACCCCCCAAGCACCAAACCGUCGAAGGUGUUCCCAACCCACCGCGCCCCGGGCCAGCAACGAAGCGAGUAGCCGACGCCGUGCAGGCCUCCCCGUUCCUCACCACCGCCCGCCCCAACCAAACGCGCCCCGCCAACUCGCCCCCGCCCGCAGGGCGAGUCCCCCCAUCCCCCGGAGCCGCCGGGCGCCGACAACCACCGCACACAACUUGCCCGGCCAACACCGCGAGCGAAGCCCUCGCCCCCAGCCAAACCCCCCUGCCCCCCGCAGCCCUCCGGCCGCGCCCCUCCUCUACGCAGCCGCCCCGCGGCCGCCCCCCCCCCCGCACGGCUAUCCGCGGCCCCGGACGCACCCAGACCCCUCCCCACGCCCCUACCCACAUCGCCACAGAGCCCACCCACCCGCGACCGCCACGCUCGUAG